GAAAGUUUCACUUUACUUUCUAGAGGGGAGGCUGCACGCAGGCUGCUCUGCAAUUUGGUCUGUCCACUUUUUUUGGGGGGGUUAAAGAGACUGAUUGAUGAUCUGCUGACCCUUCGAGGCCAAACAUGAAGAUAGGGCUGUCACUGGCCGCGGCGGCCUUCCUCGCAGCCCUGCUGUGCUCCACAGAGGCGCAAGUGGAACCCCCCUCAGACUUGAAAUUUAAAAUUCUAAAUGAGAACUCAGUGAAAAUGUCAUGGACAAGACCCUCGUCACAUAUAGAGGGCUUCAGACUACAAGUUGUAUCAGAUGCAGAUGAACCGGUGAGAGACUUUACCCUUGAUGCCUAUGCCACGUCGACCUCAAUCACUGACCUGACCCCUGACUUGGACUACUCUGUGUCCAUAAACUCCUAUUAUGGGUCAGAUGAGAGCAUUCCUAUCUUUGGACAACUGACCAUCCAGUCCAGUAACACCACUGGACGGGUCAGGAAGCCGGAGUCAAAUGCAAUCAAGUGUUCGAUCAGUGCAAUAGUAGAUUUGGUUUUUCUGGUGGACGGCUCAUGGAGUGUGGGCAGAGAAAACUUUAAGCACAUCCGUAGUUUCAUCACCGCCCUGGCAGGGGCCUUUGACAUUGGCGAGGAAAAGACCCGUGUGGCCGUGGUUCAGUACAGUACAGACACCCGCACAGAGUUCCCUCUCACCCGUUACAGCAGAAGAGGAGAUCUGCUCCAAGCCAUCAACUCCCUGCCAUACAAAGGCGGAAAUACAAUGACAGGUGAUGCCAUAGACUACCUGCUGCAGAACAUCUUUACAGAGGCAUCUGGAUCCAGGAAAGGUUUUCCUAAGGUCGCCAUGAUCAUCACUGACGGAAAAUCCCAGGACCCUGUGGAGGAGUAUGCUAAAAGGCUUCGGAACAUUGGAGUGGAAAUAUUUGUCCUAGGUAUCAAAGGAGCAGAUGAGGAUGAGCUAAGAGAAAUGGCCUCCACACCUCACAGCAAACAUGUGUACAAUGUCCCCAACUUUGACAUGGUCCAAGAGGUAGAGAAGAAGAUUAUCACUGAGGUGUGCUCAGGUGUUGAUGAGCAGCUCGGCUCACUGGUCAGUGGGGAAGAAAUGGUGUAUCCAGCCUCUAACCUGCAAGUCACAGAAAUGGCAUCGAAAUCAAUGAGGGUGACAUGGGACGCCUCCCCGGAUGAUAUCACAGGCUACAAGAUCACCCUCAACCCCAUGCUACCUGGAAUGAAACGCCAAGAGCUCUACAUCGGUUCCAAGCAGACGUCCAUCAAUAUCCGUGACCUUUCUCCAGAGACCGAGUAUGAGAUCAGCCUCUAUGCCCUCAAAGGUCUGACUCCCAGUGAAGCCACCACAGAAAUGGGGAAGACCCAGCCAGUCAAAGUGUCAACAGAGUGCUCUCUGGGAGUGGAUGUGCAGGCUGAUGUGGUCCUACUGGUUGACGGCUCGUACAGUAUUGGAUUACAAAACUUCGCCAAAGUCCGUGCCUUCUUGGAGGUUCUGGUCACUUCUUUUGACAUUGGACCCAACAAGGUUCAGAUUAGCUUGGUCCAAUACAGUCGCGAUCCACACACUGAGUUUGCCCUCAACACUCACCAUCACAUUAAUGCUGUUGUCAAAGCUGUGCGCACGUUCCCCUACCGUGGAGGCUCCACUAACACUGGCAGGGCCAUGAAUUAUGUCAAAGAAAAGAUCUUCGUCUCUUCCCGUGGAGCCAGACAGAAUGUCCCCCGUGUCAUGGUCCUGAUCACAGAUGGAAAGUCAUCAGACUCCUUUCAGGACGCGUCAGUCGGCCUGAGGAGUAUUGAUGCGGAGAUCUUUGCCGUUGGCGUGAAGGAUGCAGUGAGGUCAGAGCUUGAGGCAAUUGCUAAUCAACCAUCAGACACUCAUGUGUUUGAGGUGGAGGACUUUGAUGCUUUCCAGAGGAUCUCAAAGGAGCUGACUCAGUCCAUUUGUCUGAGGAUUGAACAGGAGCUGCGCAACAUCCAAAAGAAAAGUCUGCUUCCUCCUAAGGACUUGACAUUUUCCGAGAUUACCUCAAGAAGCUUCCGUACCACCUGGACAGCUCCUACCACCAACGUCAUGGGUUACCUGGUGCGUUUCCGCAAGGCUGAAGAUGUCACUGGAGACUACAUUUCCAUGGCGGUGCCUGGUGAUUCCAACACAGUCAUUCUGCCUCAUCUCUUCCCCAUCACCGCUUACGAGGUCAACGUCUUUGCUCAGUAUGACAAAGGAGACAGUUUUGCUUUGAGUGGUGAAGAGAUCACUCUCGAUGAGAAAGGAACUGUACGAAACCUACGAGUUACAGAGGAGUCAACCAACAGCUUCAGGGUGUCAUGGCAAGCUGCUCCAGGUCAGGUGAUCAGGUAUCGCCUGACCUAUGUCCCACUGAGUGGUGUUGGGGAAACACUGGAGGCCCAAACCAUUGGAUCAGAGACUGACAUCAUUCUCGAAGAGCUUUUCCCCCUUACCACCUACCGUGUGUCUGUGUCUGCUGAGUACGCCUCAGGCGGAGGAGCCGAGAUGAAAGUAGAUGGAACCACCAAAGAAGUCCGCGGCUCUCCUCGUGACCUUCGUGUUUUUGACGAGACGAUAUCGACAAUGAAACUGGCAUGGCAGGCGGCUCCAGGAAAUGUUCUUCAGUACCGCAUUGCUUUCAAACCUGCUGAGGGCGGGGACAGAAAGGAGAUAUCCGUCAAGGGAGAUACUACCCAGGCGGUGCUGAAGAACCUCCAACCAACCACUGAAUAUGAGCUGUUUGUUAGUGCUAGCUACUCUUCCGGUUUGGGUGGUCCUCUUCUGGGCACAGGAACCACCUUAGAAGAGCUUGGUUCACCCAGAGACUUGGUGACCAAAGACGUCACUGACACCAGUUUUGCUGUGUCUUGGGCCGCGGCCCCCGGCAACAUUCGUCAGUACCGGAUCAGGUGGAAGUCUCUCUUCACGGAAGAGGCUGGGGAAAAGACGAUUCCAGGAGACACCACAGCCACAGUCCUUGACAGUCUCACCCCAGAGACACGCUAUCGGGUCUCCGUGUUUGCCGGCUAUGGCCGUGGAGAGGGUCAGCCAUUAGAUGGAGAAGAAACUACAGAUAUCUCGGCGGCUGGCAGAGCGAUUGUCGUCUCUGAGGAGACGGAGAAAAGCAUGAAGGUGGCAUGGCAACCAGCACCUGGAAAUGUACUCAACUACCGCGUUACCUACAAACCCAAGUCAGGAGGGCGCCAGCUAGCGGCCAAGGCGCCCGGUGGCACCACCUUUACUACGCUGAGACGCCUCACUCCCCUCACCACCUACGAGAUCACCGUUCUGCCAGUCUACCGCUCUGGAGAAGGCAAAGCAAGGCAAGGAGAAGGAACAACACUUUCACCUUACAAAGGACCAAGGAACCUCCAGACUUCAGAGCCUGCCAAGACCAGUUUCCGUGUGACCUGGGACCCUGCCCCUGGCGAUGUUAAGGGCUACAAAGUCAUCUUCCACCCUUCAGGCGAAGACAUUGACCUGGAACAACUUCUGGUUGGUCCCUAUGACACCACUGUGGUCCUAGAGGAGCUGAGAGCUGGUACCAAAUACACAGUGAAUGUGUUUGGUAUGUUUGAUGGAGGAGAAAGUAUGCCAUUGGCUGGAGAGGAGAAAACCACUCUCGUCGAUACACCUGAGCCUCCUCCUUAUGUGGUAUCAGAAGUGACUUGUAAGACCAAUGCACAAGCUGACAUUGUGCUGCUGGUCGAUGGCUCCUGGAGUAUUGGACGUCUCAACUUCAAGACCAUCCGUUCCUUCAUCGCCCGCAUGGUGGGAGUCUUUGACAUUGGCCCUGAAAGGGUCCAAAUUGGUCUUGCUCAGUACAGCGGAGACCCAAAGACCGAAUGGCACUUGGAUGCUCAUAGCAACCGGGACUCUCUCCUGGAUGCUGUGGCUAACCUGCCCUACAAGGGAGGAAACACUCUGACUGGUCUGGCUUUGAACUACCUCCUCCAGAACAAUUUCAAAGAGAACGUUGGGAUGCGACCCAAAGCCAGAAAGAUCGGUGUGUUGAUCACUGAUGGAAAAUCCCAGGACGAUGUCAUCUUCAACUCUCAGAGCUUGCGUGAUCAGGGCAUUGAGCUCUACGCCAUCGGUGUGAAGAAUGCUGAUGAGAAUGAGUUGAGGUCUAUCGCCACUGAUCCGGAUACUAUUCACAUGUACAACGUGGCUGACUUCUCCUUCCUGCUGGAAAUCGUUGACAGCCUCACGGACAACCUCUGUAACAGUGUCAAGGGACCAGGAGGUGCACCCGAUGCUCCAACUGACCUGGUGACAUCACAGGUGACACACCAAUCCUUCAGAGCCACCUGGAUGGCCCCUGAUGGCCCCGUGGAGAAGUAUCGUGUGGAGUACAUGUCUGUGUCUGGACACCCACAACAGGUGUUUGUGGAUGGCUCUGAGACCACGGUGGUUCUCCAGAGGCUCAACCCUCUGACAAAGUACCUGAUCAACGUCUACUCAGUGGAAGGAGAGGAGAGCAGCGAGCCUCUCAAAGGAUCUGAGACCACACUGCCCCUGACUGCUGUGAGACACAUGCACAUCCAUGACAAGCAGACUACCACCAUGCGGGUGAGAUGGGAGCAGGCAGAGGGUGCCACUGGCUACAUGUUGCUCUACAGCGCCAUCAAUGCUACGCAGCCCACCCAGGAGCAGGAGAUCAGAGUGGGAGGAGACACAACAGACGUCCAGCUGGUGAAGUUACUCCCCGACACGGCCUACUCACUCUCCCUCUUAGCGCUGCAUGGAGAGUCACCAAGUGAACCGCUGACCAAGCAGGGUGUCACAUUGCCCCUGGCACCUGCGGGCAAACUGGUGGUUCGCGACGUCACCCACAGCAGCAUAAGGCUCUUCUGGGAUGCUGCUCCUGGUCUCGUUCGCAAGUACCUCAUCACCUACAAGCCUGAGGAUGGAGAUGCAAAAGAACUGGAAGUGGAAGGAGGUGUGACCACCAGACAAUUAGAAAACCUGGUCUCACAGACUGAGUACGGCCUGGCUGUCACUCCGAUCUACGAUGAGGGACCCGGUCAGCCAAUGUUGGGAGAUGCAAUCACUGAUGUGGUUCCUGCCCCACAGAACCUGCGACUCACAGAGGCUACACAGAGCAGCUUCAGAGCCAGCUGGGACCACGGAGCCUCUGACGUGGCUUUGUACCGCAUCGGCUGGAACAAGAAGGGAGAAGCUAACUUACAAUAUUCCAUUCUGAACCACGAUGAGACAACCCACGUUCUGCAGAACUUGGACCCGGACUCUCCCUACGACGUGUCUGUCACCGCCAUCUAUCCAGAUGAAUCAGAGAGCGAGGAUCUGCUGGGCACUGAGAGGACAUUGCCUCUAGGGUCAACAAGUGGUGGUAGAAGACUACCUCUUGGACCUCCGACCAACUUGGUUGUGUUCAACGAAACCACCACCACUUUGAACACCAGGUGGAAUCCGGCUCCAGGCCGAGUCCAGAACUACAGGAUCACGUACGUCCCCACAGCUGGAGGCAAGAGCCAGACUACCCAGGUUGGAGGGAAGAGAACUACCGUCCUGCUUCCCAAGCUGACCCCUGACACUGAAUACUCCAUGUCCGUGGUGGCGGUCUAUGCCAAAGCAGUCAGCAAGGAGCUGAAUGGCCUUGGAAAGACCAAGCCUUUGGGCGGUGUUAGGAACCUGCGUGUCACCGACCCCACUACCAGCACCCUGAAUGUCCAGUGGCAGCCUGCUGAAGGCACCGUGCGUCAUUACAAGGUUUUCUACGUCCCUGUAGAUGGAGGACAGGAAGAGAGGGUCCAGGUCUCAGGCAGCACCUUCAACGCUGUGCUGAAGAACCUGCGGUCUGAUACUGUCUACACAGCAACUGUGGUUCCGGUCUACUCUGCUGGAGAGGGACAACGCAUGUCUGAGAAUGGAAAAACCUUAGUGGUGCGUAGCCCCGUCAGGAACAUCCAGGUUUUUAACCCCACCACCAACACGAUGAACGUUCGCUGGGAGGCUGCCACGGGCCCAGUCCAACAGUACCGGGUGGUCUAUUCUCCACUGACUGGCGCCAGGCCCUCUGAGUCGAUUUUGGUGCCAGGGACCAUCAACGAGGCCCUGCUGCAGCAGCUGCUCCCAGACACCGACUACAAUGUUGGAGUGGUUGCACUGUAUAGCGAUGGCGAAGGACCCACUAUUAGUGAUGCCGGAAAGACACUUCCCCGCAGUGGUCCAAGGAACAUGCGUGUGUAUGACCCCACCACAAGUACUCUCUCUGUGAGCUGGCAACAUGCCGAAGGCCCUGUCAUGCAAUACCGCAUCACCUAUGCCCAGACCACAGGAGACCCCAUCGAGGAAUUUACUGUCGUACCGGGAAACAGAAACUAUUUGAUCCUGCAGAACCUUGAUCCAGACACUCCUUAUCAUAUCAAAGUGACUGCCAUGUAUGCUAAUGGAGCAGGAGGGCAGCUGGAAGGAGACGGACACACAGUGGGUAUGCUCGGACCCAGGAAUCUACGUGUUUCGGAUGAGUGGUACACCCGCUUCAGGGUGUCCUGGGACCCUGCCCCCUCCAAGGUUACCGGAUACAAGCUCAUCUACCAGCCUGAGGGCUCUGACGAGUCCGCAGAGGUGUUUGCUGGAGACGUGACCUCCCACCAACUGCAUAACCUGAAACCUGGAACAACCUAUGACCUGAAAGUGUUGGCACAGUAUGAAAUGGGCCUCAGUGCCCCUCUCAUUGGGCAAGGCACCACAUUGUACCUGAACGUGACAGACCUGACCACCUACAACGUUGGCUAUGAGUCCUACUGCAUCCGAUGGACCGCUCACAGAGCAGCCACCUCCUACAGACUCAAACUCAAUCCUAUUGAUCCCUCCAACAAAGGAGCUCACGAGAUCACCGUCAGAGGCUCGGAGAGUAAUUACUGCUUUGAUGGCUUGACCCCUGACUCCCUCUACGACGCCACAGUGUACACCCAAACCCCCAACCUGGAGGGACCUGGAGUUAAAGUAAAGGAGAGGACAUUGGUCAAACCCACAGAGGUGCCAACAGAGCCUCCCACCCCCCCUGCUCCUGCAUCAGUGCCCCCAGCGCUCGAUGUGUGCAGAGGUGCCAAGGCAGAUGUGGUCUUCCUCAUUGAUGGUUCCUGGAGCAUUGGAGAUGAGAGCUUCAACAAGGUCAUCCAGUUUGUCAAGAGCAUGACUGGAGCCUUCGAUGUCAUCAGCCCUAGUGGCAUGCAGGUUUCAUUUGUGCAGUUCAGCGAUGACGCCAAGACUGAGUUCAAACUGAACACCUACCAGGACAAGGGCGUAGUGAUAGCAGCUCUGCAGUCUGUGCGCUACAGAGGAGGCAACACCAAGACAGGCAUCGCUCUGAAGCACGUCUAUGAGAAGGUGUUCACCUCAGACAGCGGCAUGAGGAGGAACGUGCCAAAGGUGCUGGUGGUGGUCACAGAUGGGCGUUCCCAGGACGACGUCAAGAAGAGUGCAGAGAAACUGCAGCACUCUGGCUACAGUGUGUUCGUGGUUGGAGUUGCCGAUGUUGACAUGUCGGAGUUGAGAGUUAUCGGCAGCAAGCCCAGUGAGAGACAUGUGUUUGUGGUGGACGACUACGACGCUUUUGCCAAGAUCCAGGACAACCUGAUCACCUUCAUCUGUGAAACAGCCACUUCCACAUGCCCUCUGAUCUACAUCAAUGGGUUCACAACACCUGGCUUCAGGAUGCUGGAAGCUUUCAACAUGACAGACCGGACAUUCGCUGGCAUGAACGGUGUGUCCAUGGAGUCGGGCUCCUUCAACAGCUACAUCGCCUACAGGCUGCACAAGGAUUCCUUCCUCAACCAGCCCACAAAGGAAAUCCAUCCGGAGGGUCUUCCCCCAUCCUACACCAUCACCCUGCUCUUCCGCCUCCUGCCCGACACGACCUCGGAAGCUUUCGAUAUCUGGCAGAUUGCAGACAAAAACAACAACCCCCAGGUCGGGGUCACCGUCAACCCUUCCAGCAAAACAAUCACGUUCUACAACAAGGACACCCGAGGAGAGAUCCAGAGAGCCACGUUUAAUGAGGAGCAAGUGAAGCGGGUUUUCCAUGGGAGCUUCCACAAGCUCCACAUCAGCAUCUCUGCAGAGAAAGUCAAGCUCAACUUGGACUGCCAGGAGGUGGCAGAGAAGCCCAUCAAAGAGGCCAACAACAUCACGCUGGACGGCUAUGAAGUGCUUGGCAAGUUGGCCAAGUCUGGAGGUGGAAGGAGACAGUCUGCGACAUUCCAGCUCCAGAUGUUCGAUAUUGUCUGCAGCUCGAGCUGGAUCAGCCGAGACAAGUGCUGCGACCUGCCCGCCACAAGAGACGAGGCCAAGUGCCCAUCCCUUCCCCACUCGUGCACAUGCACACAGGAUAGCAUUGGCCCUCAGGGUCCUCCUGGACAUUCGGGCGGCCCGGGUUCUAAGGGACCACGAGGUGAUAGAGGAGAACACGGCAAUCCCGGUCCAGUGGGUCCACGCGGAGAACUAGGACCCCCAGGCUCAAUGGGACCACCGGGACCACAGGGCCCCAACGGACUGUCUCUACCCGGAGAGCCUGGUCGCAUGGGACCAAAGGGAGAUCCUGGAGACCCGGGCCUGUCUGGCCUGCAAGGUUCUCCUGGGCAUCGUGGUCCUCUGGGCCCCGCCGGACCAAGCGGAGUGCGGGGGCCACCAGGAAAGGAGGGACCAUCUGGACCCAGAGGCCCAUCAGGGCCCAUGGGAAACCCUGGAAAUCCAGGUGUACCAGGAAUGACUGGUAAACCGGGGAAAUCAGGAGACACGGGAAACCCAGGAACUCUCGGCCAUAAGGGAGAGAAAGGAGAGAGGGGAGACUUUGCAUCCCAGAACAUGAUGCGAUCUAUCGCCAGACAAGUGUGUGAGCAGCUUGUGAACAGUCAGAUGAGCCAAAUUGACAUGAUGGUCAACCAGAUUCCCUCUGGGUAUCGUAACAACAAUCCGGGGCCAGCUGGUCCUCCUGGACCUACUGGCAACCAGGGAUCUCGUGGAGAGCCCGGACAAGCUGGUCGAAGUGGUUUCCCCGGAAACUCAGGUUUACCUGGAAGUCCAGGAGAAAGAGGUUUGGCCGGAGCGAAGGGAGAGAGAGGAUCUCCAGGAACUGGAAUCAGAGGACAAAGAGGUGUCAAUGGGCCCCCAGGACAACAAGGAGGGUCAAGAACUGGACCCCCAGGUGCUUCUGGCUCCUCUGGGCCUCGUGGAUCUCCAGGUCGCCAGGGUAAUUCUGGCGUGAGGGGACCACCAGGACCCACUGGAUAUUGCGACUCCUCUCAGUGUGUUGGCAUUCCUUACAAUGGACAAGGAUAUACAGGUGUGGCAUAGCAAACGUUCUAAGUCACCUGUGCCGCUUGCUCUUUGAAGUCCUGUUUCUGAGAUGUUGGCCCACUUGCUAUGGGCCAUGUAAGGAUAAUCCCACGGAAAUAAUUAUUGAACACUAAACACAAACAAUACGAAAGCCCACAAAAAAAAAAACAGAACGGAGCAGACUGGCACUAACAUCAUCUCACAAGCUACAGUGAUGGCAACCUGCUGGCCUGUUUGCAUCUUGAACCACAACCCGUUGGGAAAAAAACAAAAAAAAGCAGGGACUGAGCAUUUCUACAAUGGAAGGAGCAUGUACAAAUACCACCCCAAACAACUACUAACACAGAGGAGUUCAUACCUGAAAGCAAUGUUAAUGUAGCGGUGAUAUGUGUAAAUAAAACUAAUUUUGGUGCUUUGUAAAUGAUUGUAUGAACCAGGACAUGUUACUAAAAAAAAAAAAACCAUUUAACAUCUGUAUUGAGCUUGUGCCUCAUAACACUCUGCUUACUUACCACCAGCAUAACCUCUGUUUAAGUGACUUAGACAGCUCUGGUCCAUGAAGCAUCUUCCUUGUGUAAUUUUAAUCAUAACGUGCAGGUUGGCCAAAUCAGUGCUGAAUAUUGCUCUCCUGCUAUUUGUGUUUUUUUUGGUAGUAUGAGCUGGUUAUUUUACUACGUCUUAUUAUCCAAUAGCUCGAUGGAUUUUAUUGUAAAUGUUAUCACAACAUUUGGAACUGUUUUUUUGUUUUUAUUUAGCUUGUUAUGGUACUUGGGGAAGCAAUAGUAAGACACAUGGUAUUUGUUUGGAAUUCCAAAGUGCAAUAUAAUUUAAAUUGUGCAUGUGUAAAGUUUAAGACGGAAUCCUUUUUUUAUUGGCCGUCCCGAAUAUUUUUCUAGCCAACAACUACCAGCCUGGACCUGAGGUAGAGACCCUAACUGUGGAGCCAGCUGGAGAUUUUCAGGCGAUACAAUCACCCGGUUACUC